UUCACCUUCGGAUGGUAUCACCCCUGAUAAGAGCGAACGCAGUAUUCCAGUAAGGUUGUGGUGAUCACAGGGGGUUCUUUGUAGGAUGUCGUAUGGCUUUACAAAGAGCAAAUGGGUUUUCGGAUACAUAUUUUCUCUUUUCUGUGUCGUGAUCCUUCUGGAAGCGGUCAGGGAACACCGUUACUGUCGGCAGCUAUGAUCAGCCCCACUCCUUCCCCUGAAAAUCUCGUCUAGUCGCUCUGUUGAGGCUGGUGGUAAUCUGAAAGGAGUCAGGGAUGCCAUCACAUCAGGGAGAUUUUUAGCCUGUAUUUAAGCAAAGUCGCUGACUUUGGGGGGGGACUUUAUUUUUUAAAACAGUUUUAGAUUCACAGCAAAAUUGUAAGUAGAGAUUUCCAAUAUACCCCUGCCUCCACACGUGGACAGCUACGGGGUUAUCCACAUCCCCCACCGGAGGGCACACCUGUGACAACUGAUGAACCUAUGCAAACACGACAUCAUCUCCCAAAGCCCAUGGUUUACUUUAGGACUCAUUCUUGGUGUUGGACCUCCUAUAGGUUGGGGCAAAUGUAUAAUGGCGCAUACCCAUCAUUAUAGUAUUGUACGGGGUAUUUUCACUGUCCUAAAAAUCCUCUGGGUUCUACCUAACCCCUGGCAAGCACUGAUCUUUUUAACUGCCGGCAUAGUUUGCCUUUUCCAGAAGGUCAUGUAGCUGCAGUCAGACCAUGUACAGCAUUUCAGACUGGCUUCUUCCACUUAGUAACGUGCUUAAGGUUCCCCCGUGUCUCUUCAUGGCUUGGUGGAUCAUGCCUUUUUAGUGCUGGGUGAUAUGCCAGUGUCUGGAGGGACCACAGUGUACUUACCCAUCCCCCUGCUGAAGGCCAUCUUGGUCGCUUCCAGGUUUUGGCGAUCAUGAAUAAAGCUGCUGUUUCCAACAUCCACAUGUGGGUUUCCGUGUGGACAUAGGUUUUCAGCUCCUUUGGGUAGAUACUGAGGAGCGUGACUGCUGGGCUGUAUGGCUAUUGGCUGCACCCUGAACUGUAGCUGCCAGGGGUUCACACCCGGGAAGAUCCACCACCGCCGGUGUGAGCAGUGCAGACACGGAUGGGUGGCCCACGCUCUGAGCAAGCUGAGGGUCCCCCCUGUGUACCCCACGAGCCAGGUGGAGAUUGUCCAGUCCAAUGUGGUGUUCGAUAUCAGCAGCCUCAUGCUCUACGGGACCCAGGCCAUCCCUGUGCGCCUGAAAAUCCUACUGGACCGGCUCUUCAGCGUGCUGAAGCAAGACGAGGUGCUCCAGAUCCUGCACGCCUUGGACUGGACCCUCCAGGACUAUAUCCGGGGAUACGUGCUGCAGGACGCGUCGGGAAAGGUGCUGGAUCGCUGGAACAUCAUGACCGGCGAGGAAGAGCUGGCCGCCCUGCAGCAGUUCCUUCGAUUUGGGGAGACCAAGGCCAUUGUGGAGCUCAUGGCCAUCCAGGAGAAGGAGGAGCAGUCCAUCGUCAUGCCGCCGGCCGCGGCGAACGUGGACAUCAGGGCGUUCAUCGAGAGCUGCAGCCACAGGAGCACCGGCCUCCCCGCCCCCGCGGACAGGGGGACCCCCAGCAGCCUGCACCCCUUUGAGAACAUCGUGAACAACAUGACCUUCAUGCUGCCCUUCCAGUUCUUCAACCCUGUGCCCCCCACGCUGAUAGGGUCGCUGCCCGAGCAGUACGUGCUGGAGCCAGGUCAGGACCAGAGUCAGGAGCCCAAGCAGGAGACGCAUGGACCCUUCCCCGGCGGCGGUGGCGGCGGCUUCUUGACCUCCGCUCCCGCCUCAUUUCAGGUCGAGAAAGAGCCGUGUCUCAACUGCCCGGACACGGUUCCCAAAAAGGAAGACGGCACCCAUUUAAGCGACUUGGGUUCCUACCACCUUGUCCCGAAGCUUGAAAGGACCCAGUUGUCCCCCGAGGCCAAAGGGAAGCCGGAGAGGCACAGCCUGGGUGCGAAGAAGGGCCGCGUGUUCUGCACAGCGUGCGAGAAGACCUUCUACGACAAAGGCACGCUCAAGAUCCACUACAACGCCGUGCACCUGAAGAUCAAGCACAAGUGCACCAUCGAGGGCUGCAACAUGGUCUUCAGCUCCCUGCGGAGCCGGAACCGCCACAGCGCCAACCCCAACCCCCGGCUGCACAUGCCCAUGAACAGGAACAACAGGGACCGGGACCUGAGGACCAGCCUGCACCUGGCCGCCUCGGACAGCUACGAGCGCGCGGGCUUCCCCGCGACGUCCCCAGACCGCAGGCCCCCGCCCUGCUACGCGGCCUCCGGGGAGGACCCCAGGGGCCAGCCAGCCUUCCCGAGCCUGGGCCCGGACGGGGUGCUCUUCCCCAACCUGAAGACGGUCCAGCCGGUCCUGCCCUUCUACCGCAGCCCGGCCACCCCGGCCGAGCUGGCCAACACCCCCGGCGUGCUGCCGUCCCUCCCGCUCCUGUCCUCUUCCAUCCCGGAGCCGCUGGCGCCGCGCGAAGGCCCGCCGGACGCCCUGCCCAAGAAGAAAUCCCGCAAGUCCAGCAUGCCCAUCAAAAUAGAGAAGGAGGCCGUGGGGGCGGCUAACGACAAGCGGCUGGCUCUCAGCUCCGAUGAAGACGCGCCCCUGCGGGUGGCCAGCGAGGAGGAGCCCGAGGCCGGCAGCCCCCGGGCGUCGGACAGAGCACCUGAGGAGCCGUGCGCACCCUCUGGGGGCUUAGGGGGGCCCCUCCCGGGAGGAGGGAGGGUCUGCCAUGGGGACUCAGGGCUGGAGUCCGGCGGGGCUACCCGCAGGAGCCCCGAGUGGGCCACACGGCCGCCAGAGAGGGAGGCGGAACAGAAGCCAGCCCUGUCCGCCGUGCCAAGGGAGCCGCAGGACAGUGGCCGUGAACCUCACCUCGCAGCCGGGACCGAGCCCUGCGUCCCCUUCCCUGACUACAUCAGACUGCAGCAGCGCCUGCUGGCCGGCGGGCUCCUCGGCGCCCUGUCCGGCCGAGGAGUGGCUUUUCCUUGUUUCGAAGACGCCAAGGAGCCGGAGCCCGUGGGUGCGCGUGUGUCCGGGCGGCAGAAGGAAGAAGCUCGCUUCCAGUGUGACGUGUGCAAGAAGGCCUUCAAAAACGCGUGCGGCGUGAAAAUGCACCACAAGAACAUGCACGCCAGAGGGACGCACGUGUGCACCGUGGAGGGCUGCGAAGCCACGUUCCCCUCGCGCAGGAGCAGAGACAGACACAGUUCAAACCUAAACCUCCACCAAAAAGUGUUGACCCAGGACGCACUGGGGAGCCCCGACGACCAUUUCCGCGCGGCUUACCUUCUGAAAGACGUGGCGAAGGAGACCUUCCAGGACGUGGCUUUCGCGCAGCAAGCUUCCCAGACAUCUGUCAUCUUCAAGGGAGCGAGUCGGGUGGGCAGCCUGGUCUACCCGAUCGCCCAGGUCCCCAGCGCCGGCCUGGAGAGCUACAACUCCGGUCCGCCGAGCGACGGCACCGUCUUGGAUUUGAGCACUACCUCGAGCAUGAAGUCGGAGAGCAGCAGCCAUUGCUCUUGGGACUCCGACGGGGCCAGCGAGGAAGGCACCGUGCUCAUGGAGGACAGCGAUGGGACCUGUGACGGGCCGAGCCUUGUCCCCGGGGACGAUGAGUACCCCAUCUGCGUCCUGAUGGAGAAGGCCGACCAGAGCCUCGCCAGCCUGCCUUCUGGGCUGCCCAUCACGUGUCACCUCUGCCAAAAGACGUACAGUAAUAAAGGGACCUUCAGGGCUCACUACAAGACCGUGCACCUCCGUCAGCUCCACAAAUGCAAGGUUCCGGGCUGCAACACCAUGUUCUCCUCUGUCCGCAGCCGCAACAGGCACAGCCAGAACCCCAACCUGCAUAAAAGCCUGGCCUCGUCCCCGAGUCACCUCCAGUAACAGGAUGGUGGCCGAGGGGGCGAGGGGAGCUGUUGGCCCUCAUUCAGGAACAAGGUGGUCCAGAGAAAGGUCUCUCAUUUCGUUGAAUACCAUUUGAGGCGAGCCGGGCAGAAGGCCUUAGAGCUGACUUUCUUGUAGGAAGUCUGCUGGGGGUGGGGGCAGCCCUUCCUGUUAUUUUUCAUAGCCCCAGGGGCUUGUCCCUGACAUAACAAACACUGGCAGAAACACGGCUUUUCCCCACAUUUGUUUACACGUUCCUGGGGAGAGCGGCAGGUCUGUGAACCGACAAGGGGGCCCAGAACCUUGGGGGAGCUCGAAGUGAAAUAUCAGCUGAGUGUCCCGGGGAAGCAGGCAGCCGCCACCAGUCAGGAGCCAGGCUCCAAGAUGACAUGUGUUUUUUUUGGUGUUUUUUAUUUUUUUCAGUUCCUGCUUUUACUGAGUCUGAAAUCCAGACUUAGGGGUGGCGAAAUGGCUUUUUGAGACUGUGCCUCCGUUGGGAGAGGAGGGUUGCUUUUGUUUUUGUGUUUUCCCCUUCAAGGGUCUCAUGGACCUCCAGGGAGUCCCCAGAGGAAGGAGGUGGGUUUCCAGCACACAGGACCAAGGAGGUGACAAGGAUGUCCGUGCUCGCUGUGUAGCAAGCGUUCAGGAAGCUGGGCGGGGGGUGGGGGGGCAGAUUUCAUGCACUUAAACAUAGUGGUCCUCAAUUUAAUUUAAAAUAAUUUUGGUAAUAUUUAAUUUUUGUUUGUUACGUGAGUCAUUGGGGUGAGUGCAGACGUGUCACAGCGUGACCUCUGGGUCUCUGCUCGAGGGCAGAGCGAGGCUGCCCGAUUCCAUUCAGUGAACCUGGCCACUUCAGUCCCCCGUGGAGGGCGUGCAGGACCGUCUGUAAACACUCGGCCAAAGCGUUUAGAGAAUGUGGUUCUGAUCUUGAGAAUCGCUGGGUCCCUCAGCCCUCGUCCUUUUAUAAAUGUGUAAGGUUAGGAGGAACUCUCCAGUGUACACAGUAGAGGAGAAGUAGCACGUGACUGCUAUACUGUACGUCUUAAUAUUUAACUUAUUCUGAAAUCUACUCCACACGUUACACACAUCUGCUGUUGUGAAAGGGAGAUUCCGUGGGUCCGGUGAAAAGACCGUCCCUCGAAAUUCGGCAUCUGCUGUACCCGGAAAGCCUGUGGCAGGGAGAGAGAAACUGAUGUCGCGUUGAGGCUGAAGGCAACCCGUCUUUUAUAAACUUGACAGUGGCUUUAAGUCAUGAAAGACACCCUCUCCGAGAACCGGGGGGCCGUGAGAGAGAUCCUUCCUCCGGCCCAAGGGUGAGGAAAGCCGACAGCCCAUUAUGGAUCGUUUCAGCGUUUUUUACAAAUAAAUGUGACGACACUUGGUCUCUGUAUGUUUCCACUGUUCGUUACUCAGUUCAUUCCUCCAGUUUCCCCCAAGUGGAACAGUUUGUAUACAAAUGAGUUUUCUAUGAUUUAAUAAAAAUGUAUGCCACACGUUUUUGUUCAAAAAGGCCAACGUUUAUUAAGACUGGUCCUGCCGGACGGACAGAGUGUUGCACGAAGUAG